AUGAGCCGUGGGUCCGUUAACGGCGAAGUUCCACCGGAACUCGCUGCCCUAGAAUCAGUUGAUUAUGAGAAUUUCCCACUGAGAACCAUCAUCAGUGGCGGUUUCUGGACAGAAUGGUCCGAACUUCACUUGACGGGCGACGCUGCUACCCGCAAACGCGAUCACGAACAAGAAUGCAAAGAUAAGUUUAACGAUUUUUCAAAUGAAGUUCGAAAAUUUCGAAUCUGCACGUAUCCUGACUCGAAUAAUUGGAAAGGCAGCAUUGCUGGCGGCAUAAGUUGGUAUGAAGGACCAGACGCUCUUGAGUUCCGUGAUGUAUUGGACAAGCCAGCUGGCUACUUCUCCGUUGGUACCGAGCCAAAUGCACGUGACGACUGGCGAAAUAUUCAACCUAAAGAGCUAACAGUGUUCAACCAAGCAAUAGUUUCAAAUUACGCCUCGACGAGCCCAUUGUGUGAUCCUUCUAUCCAUGCGAUUGCCGAACUUUGUCUGGAUUUGUUUUGGAAAGGGGACAAACAAUGCUUUGAAGCACCACUUAGUCUUUUUGAUGUCCAGACCGUAAAUAAUAACAUAUGUCAAUUUAAAAGUCUUGCUGAUGCCUGUGGCGAAGACAUCAAUAACUUUGAUCCAGCUGUUCCAAACGCUGAAUUAAAACGACUGUCUAUUGAAGCCACUAAACAAGCUAUACUGGAUAAUUAUAGCGCAGAAGAUGUUGGUGCUUCGAAAUUUAGCUUUUUGGAUCAGACUGAUGCAGGCCAGCCGACGAAAUACACGAUGGAGCUUACCCGAACUGACACUUUUACUAAGCCUAAUCCAUGUCCCGUCAUUUACGAGUGGUCAACCUGGGACUGCUCAUGUCCGUAUUCAACGAAUGAUCUGGCUCUUCCUAAGUGCCUCUGCGAUGCCCAAGGAAACAGUAUUCGUCGCCGAUUUCAAGUGUGCAUUCCCGGUUCUGUCCUUGUCGACAUUGACGAUCUGACUGGAGAUGAUGUGCGAGAACCCGUUUCAUGCAAUAUUUAUAAGAACAAAGCACAAGUUUGUGAUGGUGACGGACGAGGCUUUGAUCUUGGUUACAAUACGGCAAACCCAUUGAAUGCUGAUUUUUCUCUCUUUAGCCAGGCAGAUUUUGACGACUUUCAACAAAAUUGUGGUGGAGGAAGUACCGAGAAGGAUGCACUAAACAAUGAUAUUUGCGUCAUCAUCAAGCGAUACUAUCCAUUCAACCAAAAUGUGCAGCUACCAAUACUGUUUGACGAUUGUCUCGAUGUCCCUAUGUCUUCGUCAACGGGUGACAUUCAAUUUGUCUUCGGCGUUAAUGAACAAAGACAGCAAAACCAGCAGUGUCCGAGUGUUCCUCAGUGGACUGAAUGGACUGAAGUUGGUUGCACAGGAAAUUGUGCCGCUGAAGGACGCAAGAGAUUUACGCGGCAAUGCAAGGACGCGAAUGGAAUUGUUGUCGAUGCUGCGCUUUAUAAAGCCGAAGACUGUGGCUGCAAGCCGGAGACAAACUUCGUCAUCCCUGCCGAUGCGACUGCAUAUCCUGAUGGAUAUUACGAAGAGAAGUGCGCAGAAUGCUGUCCAAGAUGGCACAGUUGCACUCCAACUCCACAACAAGGCACUUUAGGGCAACCGGAUUUUGUUGCUGCAGUAACAUGCCAGUUUGACAAUGACUUCGUCCAAGGGGCUAAUUUUUAUUUACCCGCAACUAUUGCUAGAGUUUGCAGAGAGACCAAUCCAGAUCAAUGUGGUAAUACUAUCAUCAGUGAAGAUCUACGUUGUAUGUGCAAACCACCAGAGAGCAAUAACUGGUUAACAGCAGUCUGGAAUGAUGGGAAUACAUACGACCUUUGCCCCGUUAAUCUUGGAGCUGAAAGACUUCAGCUAACAUCUCGAUAUUUUGGCGUGGUAAACAGAGAUUGCGGGUUCGAGUGCUGUGCGGAAUGGUCUCAGUGGACAGAGUGGUCUGUCUGCGCUCAGAACGAUGCUUGUCAUGAUUGCAACACGGCCUUUGUCUCUACGAAUACUCGCACGCGUGAGAGCUCGUGUGGAUGCGCUGCUGAUAAUAUGGAUGAACGACUACGACGUUGCAAUGUGAAUACCGAAGAUGAGCUAAGAAAAGUUCAAACCCUUCCAUGUACCGACUACACUUGUUGCCCGGAAUACUGUCUUGGAACAUUUUCCGUCUGCUCCGAGGAUUGUAGAAAUGCUACGGUUGAUGCAGCUGGAAUUUGUUCGGCCGAUCCCGUCGAAAAAGAAGCAAAAUUCGACCAGUGUUGUCGAAAACAGUUCGUCGGUGGUAACCCUUCCUCGAUAAGUCAAGAAAUUUGUGACAACGCAGGUCUGGUGGUUGACGAAACAAGAACUCAGACUGCGACCUGUGACGAUUUCGAAUUCUGUUGUAAAUUUGAUGACUGGUCCGAAUGGUCAGAAUGUGCACUUGAUAAUGGUCUUAGCUGCCCGAGAUUCAAAGAAAAGGGGAGAAAACAUCGAACAAGAAACCCAAUUUGUGGUGACAAAGAUGUAUGUGGGACAGAUGAACAUUGCCUCGAAGAAGAAUCAUGCGAUAUAGAUUGCAAUCCGUGGAGCGGAUGGUCAUGUUGGUCAGAAUGCUCAAAAAGUUGUGGCGGAGAAGGCCUUAGAAGUCGCGUCCGCAAGUGCACUGAUGAUAUGAUUGGCUCAAAAAGCUGUCCAUGUAACUUGGGCAACGUUGGUCAUGACACUGUUUGUGCUGCUAAUCAAGGAGUUUGCGAUGUUUCUGGAAGUGCCACAUGGCUUCAAGCUGUCGGCCGUAACGAGCACCAAAUCGAUGAUGGAGGCUUUAUCGAAGUCGAGAGCUGUGGGUCCGAAAGCACUUGUCCAUACUGGCGCACAAAGGAUCUUCUAGACAGAGGAAGCGGCCACGACUGGAGUGAGUGGGGAUCUAUUGGAAGACUCGGAGUUUGGGUGAAUGGACGAUGUAGUUCGACAUGUGGCGAAGGAGUCCAAACAAGACAAAGAGAGUGUGUUAGCGUGUCAGCUGAUGGAUCAGUGAUCAAUCAUCCUCACGAAAUGUGCGCAGGGGAACCACCAAUGGCGUCUGCAGAAGACGAAAUCGAGAGACCAUGUAACUUGGGCCCGUGCGAAGGCUGCGAACCGUGGACACAGUGGACAUGUCCGUCUUGUUUUAACAUCGGCGUCAAGGCUAAAGACAUAUUUGCAACACGGAAACGAACGUGCGAGGACCAAAUCGAAGUAGAAGAAGGCCCAAGUUGUUUAGACCUAGGACUCGAGCUUCCAGAGCUGAUGUGUCCCGAAUGGCAAGAUUGGAAACCCGCACGAGGUCUAAGAGGCGAGUGCAGCUGCCUUACGAAUACAUUUAUUGAAGAGCGACUUUGCACUGCGUACGAUAUAAAAACCGGAAAGCCAAUGUGUCCGGGUGAAAUGGAAAGAAGAAGUCCAUGCGUGCCGACAAAUUGCCCUCGUCUUGGUGACUGGACUGCAUGGGAAAAAUGCUCCGGCGGCACUAAAAGUCGAGUUAGAGCAUGCAAGGAUCCUAGUGAUAACGAGAACAUAAAUUCAUUCUUGUGCCCGGAAGAUAGAUUAACCCAAGUUGUCGCGUGCUCUUCAUCAAGAAGUGAACAAUUCACUAUUGCGAUGAACGUAGAUGAAAGACCUUCGGACGAAGGCAUAAUACAAAGGGUAAAAGAUGCUCUCAUGAAAGAGUUUAUCAAAGAAGACUUUUCGCUUGAGUCAUUUAUUGAUGAAGUAGAUGUAGAAAUUUCUAGAAACGAUGAUGGCGAGUACAUAGCAAAAGUCAAUUACGAAUACUACAAGCCAGAAGACGAUGACAUGGAAAAGUCCCUGAUGUUUGCACUUGAAAAUGUAGCAAGAAACACUCUCGAAGAGUACAAAGAACCUGUCGGUGUUAAUCCUUCUGAUGGUGCGAGUUUCUCAUAUCUUUGUUCUACUGUUUUCGCUACUGUUAUGAUACUUACUUUAUUUUAA